UACUUUUAUUUUUUUGAUUUUCUCUAGUAAAUUCAGGGCAAUACCGUUAUUCUCCGUGUUUCUUGGUUGCUUUGGGCCAUGGUGUCCAUAACCGGUAUGGCACAGAUAGCAUACCUAAAAGCCCAGUCAAAGUAAAAGUAAAGCAGAAAAUGGCGGCAUCUCUGAGAAGCCGAAACAGCUUCCACCACCUAACUCGCUUCCUCAACUCAGCGAGUCUCCCUCGUCGAAGGUGGCUGCAAACGGUAGCGUACGAAGAACUCCGGGCCCACCCGGACAAACCCUACACUUCAACGGCGGUUUUCAUCCAUGGCUUUUUGGGAUCUUCCAGAAACUGGAGAUCUUUCUCACGCAACCUCUUGGCCUCUCUCUCCAACUCCUCUCCCUCUUCCAAUUGGAGGACGGUGAUGUUGGAUAUGAGGAACCACGGGAAAUCGGCGGAGAGGGAACUGAAUCCGCCGCAUAACAUUGAUAGUGCGGCCAAGGAUUUGGCCGAUUUGGUGAAGGCUGAAGGCUGGCCUUGGCCUGAGGUUGUUUUAGGGCACUCCAUGGGUGGAAAGGUUGCUUUGCAUUUUGCUGAGAGUUGUAGCCGCGGUGACUAUGGCCAUUCUGCUCUCUCGCCGAAACAGCUCUGGGUAUUGGAUUCUGUCCCUGGAGAAGUGAACUCUGAAAACAGUAAUGAAGAAGUCCGGGAUGUUUUAGCAACCUUGCAAAGUUUGCCAUCACAAAUCCCAUCUCGCAAGUGGCUUGUGAGUCAUCUGAUGGGACUUGGUUACUCUAAAGCACUGUCAGAUUGGAUAGGCACCAACCUGAAAAAAGUUGGUGAUCAUGAGACAUGGAUAUUUGAUCUUCAAAAUGCUAAGGAGAUGUUCGAUUCUUACUGCGAGAAGUCCUAUUGGAAUCUAUUGGAGAACCCUCCCAAAGGUAUGGAAAUAAUAAUUGUGCGUGCUGAAAAAAGUGAUAGAUGGGACCAAGAUGCCAUCGAGAGGAUCCAGAAACUAGCCAUUCGGGGAGAAACCGAUUCUCUUGGAAAAGUUUCCUUCUGCGUUCUUCCAAAUGCUGGACAUUGGGUUCACGUGGACAACCCAAAGGGACUUCUUGAGAUUGUGGCUUCCAAGAUAGCAUCCCAUUAGUUCCUGUUUUAUUUGGACAAUGGGGUAUCCAUCGUAGAAAUUUGUUGAAUCCAGAGUCGAAAUUGUUGAAAAUAAACAGAAGAGGUUAGCCGGUAAUAAGUAACAGUCACAUGUGAAUUAUGUACAAUUUAUCAACUACCAAAGAAUUUACAUACAAUUUAUUGUAUAUGCGAACUUAUUUGCGCUGAUUUGGUCUCCGCCACACUAAAUAAAACCAAGGAUUCACGAUUGUCAUGUCCACUUUA